AGCAGCCACCACUGCGUCAUCCCAGACAAAAGAGGACUUAUGCCACUUGGGGAAUGCCUGAGGCAGCUGGUCAACACCAUGAAGCUUUUCAGAUCAUUAUAGACUUCUUUUUAUUAAAAAAUUAACCUGUUAUUGACCAGCUGUUCAUAAUGUGCUAUAGAAUUAAUUGCCUCAUCUGUUUUUUAAAUGAAACUAUACAUUGCAUACAUCAGAUUUGUUCAUUUGCCAGUUCUGCAGAAUUUAUUCUCAGAGAACCGUGUCUGUGUCUGUUUCCCACCAGGAAAUACCGGGAAUGCAUCUAGCAGGCAGAUAGCAGGCUCUGAAUAACGUGUUUUGUCUUCACAGAUUCAGUACCGGGGGUUGUUCCAAAUGAUCCUUGUGCUAGGAAUAGGUGGUAGCUUCCCAUACGGAUUCCAUAUUUCUGUGAUCAACUACCCCUCCCUGCAUAUUAAAAAGUUUAUCAACGAAACCUGGCUGGAGCGUCAUGGCUCUCUCCUCCCUCAGGAGACCAUCCUCUUGCUAUGGUCCUUUAUUGUCUCCAUCUACGGCAUAGGAGGACUCUUGGGAAGUGUUUGCUGCGGGUAUCUUACAACAAAAUACAGGAAAAAGAAGUGCCAAAUGUUCACCAACUUGAUCAUGCUGGCUGCUGCACUCUUCAUGGGUUUCAGCAAGAUGGCCAGAUCCUUUGAGAUGAUCCUCCUGGGGCGCUUUCUCUAUGGAAUUGGCAUUGGGUUUUCUUUUAACAUACACCCUCAAUACGUGGGAGAGAUUUCACCAAAGAAACUGCGUGGAUUUACCAAUGCCACCGUGGCUGUUUUCUUGACACUAGGGAAAGUCUCGGGACAAGUGAUUGGCCUUGGGGAAGUGUUAGGAAGUGAAUCCUGGUGGCAUUUGCUGCUGGCGUCCAGUGGGCUCACGGCGGUCAUGCAGCUGCUGAGCCUCCCUUGGUUCCCAGACUCCCCGUCCUACCUUCUGAUCCAGAAGGGCAACGAGGAAGCCUUCAUGAAAGCCAUCCAGCAGCUCUGGGGCGAAAGUGACCACCGAGCGGAGAUUGAGGACCUCAAGAAGGAGAAGGCUGCCGGCAUCGGCGCCAAGAGCCUGCGGGUCCGCGAGGUGCUGCAGAGCCGGGCUCUGCGCUGGCAGCUGUACCUGAUGCUCACCGUCAUGAGCACAUUGCAACUGUGUGGCAUCAACGCAAUCUACUUCUACUCUUUCGAAGUCUUCCGCACGGCCAAGUUUGAAGAGGAGCUCGUGCCGUACCUGGCGCUGGGUGUGGGGCUCUGCGAGUGUCUGGCCUCCAUCCUGUGCAGUUCCCUCAUCGAGCGCUUCGGCAGGAGGCUCCUGCUCUGGGGAGGCUACGCGGCGAUGGUCGCGGUGCUGGCCCUGCUGACAACAACCCUCACGCUCCAGCACCGCUUCUUCUGGAUGCACCACUGCAGCGUCGUCCUCAUCUUCCUCUUUGUCCUCUUCUAUGGGGCUGGACCUUCUGGAGCCACCAUAUCUGUGAUGGUUGAAAUCUUCAACCAGACUUUCCGCCCGUCGGCCUUUGUGAUUGUGGGGUUUGUCAACUGGAUGGGGCUCUUUCUGCUUGGGAUGAUCUUUCCAUUCACUAUGGAAUAUCUCGGUCCCUUCUGCUUUCUGAUUUUCAUGGGAAUCCUGGCUGCCUCCGGAAUGUUCAUCUACCUGUUCCUCCCAGAAACAAAGGGGAAAUCCAUAAUGGAAAUUACAGCAGAGUUUAAUAAGUUAAAUUAUGGAAAGAAACAAGUUCUUCCUGCUGAAAAUAAUUUUCCUAAGGAAACCAUACUUUGCACCAGGCUUUAACCUUCCAGUUGAAGAAUCUUCACUUCUGGAGGGGGAAAGGGAAGGUGUCACCAGCUGUGCUGUUGAUGCAAAGAAAACUGUGGCCUGCGCCUGGCUUUCAUCACCACCAGUUUACGCUAUUUCCCAGGAGAGAUGAGGCUCUUUCCACCCUCUCUGCUGCCUGGGAACUGUGGCUGCAUGUCUCCCUUUAUGUCGUGGUGCUAACUUGUUCCAGCACCAAAAAAUACAAUUCCCCAGUUGCUGAGUCCCAAAGGCGCUUCCUGCAACAAGGAAGAACUGGACUGAAUCUCCCAAAAGAUAACUUGCACUAAACCAGAAUAAAGGAGGGAGCAGCUUCAGCUUCUGGGGCCCAUGCUGGAUGGAGACAACAACUGGUUUGCUCAUAACUCUAAACCAUGGCUUAGCAUUAACCGGCAGGUUAUCUAAGGUUUGAUUACUCCCAACAAAUCAUAGUCUGAAGGCAUGAUUUGCUGUUGGCUGAUGAACAAUGGUUUGCUUUUACCUAUGGGUUGGUGUUACAUCUGAACCUUCUUUAACCAUGUUUAUUUAACCACCCCACCCAAGAAGCACACCAGACUACAAAGGCAAGAGCAUCUGGGAAACAAAUCAAAUUUUGGAGAAAACAAGUCAUGGUUUACUUGUUUGUCUGUGGGAUGACCUGUUUACUCAUAGUUGGUUAAGCAAAUCAUGGCUUAGCACAGAGGGAGGAAAUGCAGCCCUCUGGAGGUUGCUGCUGGACGGCACCCUCCGUCACGCCUGCCCAUCAGCUAUGCUGGCUAGGACUGAUGGGGCUCGGAGUCCAAGGACAGCUGCACACCCCUUACCUCUGGCUGAGCACUACCUGCAACCCAGGCUGUUGCCAGUAGUGUAGUGGCAAAUUCAGAAGUGCAGGGUCCCUUCAUGGUAGUCGAGCCACGCCCCCAGCACAGCCACACACCCUUUCUACCAGCCAACAUGAAAGGGGAGGCUGUGUUAACUACGGAGAAGAGUCUUCUCAGUGGCUGACUCGCCUCCUUUCACUCUGAUUGGCUCCAAUCAGCAUGAAAGGAGAAAGACUCUUUUCCAUGACUGUCACACUCCUUUUCAUGCUGAUUGGCUCAUACAUAGGGACCUGGCUGGGACCCUGCUGCCAAACAAGUAAUGGGUCUGUGGCCCUGGACGACUGCACCCCUGUCUUGUGCCCCUCUGGGCCAAGCUCUGGCAUCCCAACAGCUCUGACUGCAAAUGGCUGGGAGGGAGGGGGUUAAUACGAUUAUUUACUUUGGGUUGCAGGCAGCUAAGUGUGAUUCAGAGGUGACCCAUUAAAACUGAUGAUCCUAAAUUCGUCAUGUUCAUUCAUUUCAAUGGGUCUACUCUGAGUAGGCCUAACAUUGAAUACAAUUCUUGGACAGUAUAUGGCUGUGAAGGAAAAUGUUGUAGAAAAAAUGGAUAUAAAUAAAAUAAACUAUUAUCUUUUCUGUGA